UUCACUCUCAAACCAUCAAAAUUUCUCCUCAUCCUCCUCCAAAGAUGCAGCCCUCUUCCACAAAGAAGACCAAAGGGAGACAAAAGAUCGAGAUCAAGAAGAUUGAGAGUGAGGAUGUUUGCCAUGUGACAUUCUCGAAGCGCCGCAUCGGAGUGUUCAAGAAGGCGAGUGAUCUUUCUACUCUCUGUGGAGCAAACAUUGCACUGGUGGUGCACUCUCCGACUGGUAAGCCAUACUCAUUCGGAUGCCCUGAUGUGGAGGAGGUGAUCAACCGGUAUUUCAUAGGAGUCACCAUGGAUGAUGUUCUGGGCCUGACUCAAGGACAAGGAGGACAUCCAACCCUUCUCAAGGAACUCAAUGAGAAAUUCAUGGAGGAGUCAAAAAGGAUUGAUGAUGGAAAAGCCAAGAAAGUGAUGGUGGAGGGGGCUAAGAAAGAAUUAGGGAAUGAGAAGUUUAUUCUUGCUAUGAGUUCUGACAUGGAAGAGCUUCCACUUUAUGAGCUUGAGGGACUUGAGGCGGACCUUGAGAAGAUUAAGAUGAGACUUGAUGCAAGUGCUAGAGAGCUUCUCAUGAAUGUGAAUCCAUUGGACAUUAUUGGUACCUACAACCAAGAUCUUGCUAUGGCUCCAUUUGCUGGUAGUGGAGCAAACCCUUUUGAAGGGAACAUGGGGUUUGGGUUCUUUGGUCAGGGGAACUAUUAGAUUUAAUAUCUAUUCUGAAAGUUUGAAGAAUUAGUGUUUGUUCUUCACCAAUAUGAUAUGGUAGAUGUUUGUCAAAACUUUGUGUUUUUCAUUAUAAGAAAUAAUAAAACUUUAUUUGAGAA